GUUCGCCCUGGGCUCACAUCGCAACCCCUGCUUGAGUCUCCCGGGGUGGGGGACCUGGAAGUUUUAGCCUAACUGUUCUGGAAGAGGAGUAAUUAGUCCAAGAAACAUAUUCAUGCUUAGGUGGAGAAAAGCAGGGCUAGAAUUGGAACCCAAAGCCCAGAAUGGCAAGAGAGGAUGUGGGGGCUCCACCCGAUCAUCUCUGGGUUCAUCAAGAAGGUAUCUACCGCGACGAAUAUCAACGCACAUGGGUAGCUGUGGUGGAAGAGGAGACAAGUUUCCUAAAGGCUCGAGUUCAGCAAGUUCAGGUUCCUUUAGGUGAUGCAACUCGGCCAAGUCACCUUCUUACUUCCCAACUACCUCUCAUGUGGCAGCUCUACCCAGAGGAGCGCUAUAUGGAUAACAACUCUCGCUUGUGGCAGAUUCAGCAUCAUUUAAUGGUCAGGGGAGUACAGGAACUACUGCUUAAACUUUUGCCUGAUGAUUAACCUGGUGCUGGAAUUCUAAGAAGAUAUGCUCCUCUGUUCUAUUCAUUAUAUGGCAAUCACAUCAUUCACCACUGCGGUGCUCCCACCCUUGAGUCCCAGUGGGGAGGGAGUAGUUUGAAAACUGCAGAUGUUUAGGAAGGGUCAUGAAGAACACUGCCAGUGAAACUACAGAGAGAGGGUUACACAGGGCAGAAAUCAAGCCAACAAAAGCAUUUAGUCAGGAAAUGUAACUUGAAAUGACUCCUUUGAAAAUUGCCAUAGAACCUUUAAUGGACUUCAUCAGCUGAACCUGGGAUUUGGUGAAUCCCAGAAAAAUCAGCACAUGCUGCAGAACAAAUGCCCUCAUCAACAAGGACUUGGUACUGAUUUAGAGAGAAGAGAGCAGCUUCUAGCAGCAUCAACAUGUAUUUGUCACUUAUUUCCCUUGCAGCAAAUUCACCCACCUUUUCUUCCAUCCUGUAAAUACCUAAGGUUUUAUUCUAGUGUUUCCCAUCCCAGUACUGACAUAAUUUGGAUAUACUGAAAACUUGAGGAGUUUUGGGAGAAAAAGAUUAUUUGUACUGAUGAAAUUAGUUUCAAAGGCUCCUAUGCCUUUCUUCUUUCUGAAACUGUGUCUUUGAAUUGCUUUUACAAGAUUCUCAUCAAAAUCCUGUGAAUCUAAAUUCUUUGAUUACAAAUAUUUUACUUAGUUGGCUUCCAUUU